GUUUUAAGGUGUCCACAACCUUCACUGGCCUUCAAAAAAGUUGGCUACUACCAUCUCAUUUCUCCUAUGGAAAACUUUCACCACCUGGAGAUUCUUUUCCCACUAUUCAUCUUUCUCCUACCCCUACAAUUCUUUUCUCCUCUGCUUCUCUCAUCGGCUUACACGCUUCCCGAGGAGUACUUCAUCAACUGUGGAUCAAGGUCCAACUUCACAGGCAGUGGAAACCGGAACUUUGUUGGUGACCUGAAUUCUGGCUUUCAUUCCCUUGUAGGACGAAGCAGCCCUCUUACGGAUGCAAGCCCCUCAGCAGGCGUAUCUCUACUCUAUCGGUCUGCAAGAAUCUUCCGACAGCCUUCUUUCUACGAGUUUGUGAUAAAAAAGAACGGCACCUACUUUGUACGUCUCCAUUUCUUUGUGUUUUCAUAUCCUGCAAAUCUAACCAAUGCUAGAUUCAAUGUUUCAGCUUCUGGAUUUUGGUUAUUAUUGAAUUUUAAUGUCAAGAAUAGUAGUGGUUCUCCUGUCAUCAAGGAAUUUUUUAUCACCAUCAAUGUAGGAAGUUUUAGAAUCAACUUCAUACCUUCUGAAGGAUCACAUCUAGCUUUUGUCAACGCCAUUGAAGUCUUUCUUGCCCCUGAAAGUUUCAUCCGUGAUAAUGCCACUCGCAUUACUCCUGCAGGAAGUAGAAAUUCUUUUGACCGUUUGCUGUCUCAGGUGUUACAAACCCUCUACAGGAUUAAUGUUGGAGGGCUUACCCUCACACCAGAAAAUGAUACACUGUGGAGGACCUGGAUACCAGAUGAUAGUUUCUUGUUUAAUUCAGAAGCUGCUAGGAACAGCGAAUUUUUCGCUGAUACACCUAAAUUCCAACUUGGAGGAGCCACAGAAUAUGAUGCCCCAAGCCUUGUCUAUAAGACUGCAAAAGAAUUGAAUAUAGAUGAUAGCAGGCAAUUGAAUUUUUUCAAUAUAACUUGGAGUUUUAAUGUGAGUAAGAAUUCUUUAUACUUUGUUAGGGUGCACUUUUGUGACAUUAUUAGUGUAUCUCUUGAUGCUAUUAUUUUCAAUCUCUAUAUCUACAAAAAAUUUAGAGAGAAGAUCAGUCCGUAUGAUCAAAUGGGCCAGUUGGCAGCUCCAUUUUACAUUGAUUUUGUGGUUGAUUCUGAUGAAUCUGGAAUAAUGAACAUAAGUAUUGGCCCUCGACGUGAUUCUCAGAAUCAAAACGCCUUCCUGAAUGGGCUGGAAAUAAUGGAGUUAAUGAAGAAAUCAGAUUUUGAUUUGUUGCCAGAGAAGCCUAAAAGUAAAUGGAAUAGUCUCUUCGCUAUAGUUGGCUCCGUUGGUGGUGGGGCAUUUGUUAUUGUUUUGAUAGUGAUAGUGCUUCUGAGUUUGAAAUGCAGGAAAGCAAAACCUGAACAAUCCUCAGGUUGGCCCUUGUCUAUGCCUCUAUGUGGAAGAGGGAGUUCUUACAACAGGAUGUCUGAAAAAUCUGCCAAUAUAUCCCCUUCCAAUUUGAAUCUUGCUCUGAGAAUAUCUUAUUAUGAAAUUGAGCAAUCAACCAAGAACUUUGCUUCCAACUUGCUGAUUGGAGAGGGUGGAUUUGGAAAAGUCUACGAAGGCAUGUUUCGUGGUAUGAAAGUUGCUGUGAAAAGGAGUGAACCAGGACACGGCCAAGGCCUUCAGGAAUUCCAAACAGAGAUUGUGGUCUUAUCUCAAAUUCGCCAUCGUCACCUUGUUUCCUUAAUUGGAUAUUGUGAUGAAAGAUCUGAAAUGAUAUUGGUUUAUGAGUUCAUGGAAAAGGGCACUCUUAGAGACAAUCUCUAUUGUUCAACUGCCAAUCUUGAGAACUCAUACAGUGCACGAUCCGAAUUAUCUUGGAAGCAAAGACUUGAAAUUUGCAUUGGUGCAGCGAAAGGCCUUAAUUACCUACACACUGGUUCAGCUGGAGGAAUCAUCCACCGGGAUGUUAAGUCAACAAACAUCUUGCUUGAUGAACAGUUUGUGGCCAAAGUUGCUGAUUUUGGUCUUUCAAAAUCAGGCCUUCCCGAUGUAGAACUCAGUGUUGAUGUAAAAGGUACCUUUGGCUAUCUGGACCCUGAGUACUUCAUAUCACUGCAAUUGACAGAUAAAUCUGAUGUUUACUCUUUUGGAGUUGUACUCCUGGAAGUACUUUGCGCUAGGCCAGCAGUUGUCACCUCAAAUAGGAGGGAGGAAGUGAACUUAGCUGAAUGGGGAAUGCUUUGCAUGAGGGAAGGUCAACUUGAGAAAAUUGUUGAUCCAAUGCUAGUGGAUAAAAUUAACCCUAACUCACUGAGGAAGUUUGCUGAAACAACGGAGAAGUGUUUGAAGCCAUCUGGUAGUGAAAGGCCUAGUAUGCGUGAUGUGUUGUGGGACUUAGAAUAUGCACUGCAGCUUCAGCUAACUCAAUUGAACAGAGAGCCACUUGAAGACAGUACAACUAAUGCUUCAUUGGAGUUUUCAAUGCCUGCUAUCCAACGUUUACCUUCCCAUAGCUUUCCAGCCGUUGAUGAAGAAGAUGCAACUGUAGUGUUUGAUGAUGCUUCAGAUGUAACUGCUAGUGAAGUAUUCUCAAAAUUGAGGAUCGGUGAUGCCAGAUAAUUUCCAAUGGUUUAAAGGUAAAACUACGUUUUGUAACUUCCCUUUUCCUUUUUCUUUUUUGUAUAUUUUUCUGUUUUAUCCGCUUUUCAUAAAUCUUGAUGUUGCAAAAGGACUCACUGCCAGGAUGAUUUGUAGGUUAUAAAUUAUAAUAGAGAUCACUUU